AUGAGCAAUUUUGGUGAGUCUCAUGGUUCCAAUUUGCAUGAGAAGCACUUCAAAUUUAGCCACCUUGGUAAUAAACCUCCUGGCUUUGGUUUGUAUAAUAAGCGGUCCAAGAAGUUUGGUCAUCAAAGUAAGCUUUAUAAUUAUGUUGAUACAUCCGAGGAUCAUAUACGUACACAUGAUCAAUAUAGAGAACAAAACGGCCAUCAAUGGAGACCUUAUGGUUCGGCUGGUUUGCAAAAGGGUCGACGGGUAAAUGUUGGUUCGUUUAGUCGACGAGCAAUACAAAGAAGCAAUUACCCAAACAUUAAUCAUGGGUCGAACAACCCUUAUAGUCAAUACACAUAUUCUCCUCCAACCCCAUUUAGUUCUCCCUCAAAUACUUAUACCCCUUCAAUAAAUCCGACUAACUUUAAUUCAAAUCCUUACGUUUCUAGUCCUUCCAAUACUCCAUCAAACCCCUCUAACCCUAUAACUGAUCCUUAUUAUGACCCUUAUUAUAAUCCUUCAAUUAAGUUUUCUAGCCCUCCUGUUAAUCCUCCUACAUAUACUUUUAUUCCUUCUACAAGUCCUCAUAGUUCUAGUAAUCCAUUAAUUGCUCCUUCUAGUCCCUCUCUCAAUCCCCAAAUAAAAUAUUUUUCCCCUUUGGCAAGUCCAUCUAACUCUUCUCCAAAUCCUUUAAUAUUUUCUUCUAGUCCUCCUCUUAAUCAUCUUCCAAUAACUACUUCUAACUGUUCUUUUAAUGGCCCGAUAGCAUCUUUUACCCCUUCAGUAAGUCCUAGUCCUAAUAUAAAUCCUCCUACCCAUUUAAUAAGUUCUUCUAGUCCGCUUAUUUCUCCUAAUAAUGCCUUCUCCCCUUCCAUAAGUCCAAUUAUUAGACAUCAUCUAUUUCCUUCUGCUCCUUUCCCUAACCCUUCUAUAAAUCCUUCUUCCCCUUCAAUUAGUCCUAUUAAUUCUCCUUUACAUCAUUUUAAUCCUUCAAUAAAUUUAGGCCCUUUUAACAAUCAUCCUUCAAAUCAUUUUUCUCCAUCAAUAAGCCCUAAUCAAAAUAUUAAUCCUCCUAUAACUUCUUUCCCUCAAUUAAUAAGCCCUAGCAAUCCGAAUCAUGCUUCAAACCCUUCAACAAUUAUGUCACAACCUCCUAAAAUUGCACCAAAAGAUCUCAUUUCCCCUUUAAUAAGUCCUUCACAUACCCCAUCAAUCCUAAUGAAUCCUUUGAGUCCUAUUGAACAUCCAAAAAAUUCCUUCUCUCCUUUAAUUAGUCCUAUGCAAAAUCCAAAACCUCUAAUAAAUCCAUCUAACCCUCCUAUUAUCUCCCCGGUAGCUCUUUUAUCUCCUUCCAUAAGUCCUAUUUCUAACAAUCCUAAGUUUUCAAUAAAUCACUCUCUUAAUCCUCCUAUCAAUUCUUUCUCCCCUUCAAUAAGUCCUUCUGAUUCUAUCUCUAAUCCACCUAAUUCUUUUUGGAAUCCUUUGAGAUCUCCUCUUAGCUCUCCCAUAGUGUCUUUAACGCCUUCAGAAACCCCUAGUAGCUCUCCUACAAACACACCUAACUCUUCAAAUAAUCUUUCUAAUCCCUUACUACAUUCUCCCAUAAAUGCUCCCGCUCCAUCAAUGAGUCCUUUUAAUUCUUUUCACACAAACCCUCCUAGUAAUUCUCUAACAACUCUUUCAUCUCCUAACCUAAGUCCUAGUUCUUUUACGGUUCAACCUAAACCUCCAAUACGUCCUUUUCUCAAUCCUCCUACCAAUUCUUUCUCCCCUUCACCAAGUCCUUCUGAUUCUCCUAGAUCAUUAGCGAAACCCUUAAUUUUCCCUCCUAGUCCUACAAUCUCAUUUACACCUUCAAUAACCCCAACUACCUAUCCUAUAGAUACACAUAACUCUUCAAUAAAUCCUUCUAGUCCUCCGAUUAAUCCUCCCACUAAUGCUCCUACUCCAUCAAUGAGUCCUUCUAACCCUUUUCAUACUAAUUCUUCUAAUUCUCCAAGACCUUUUGGUUUGCAAGUAGGCUUCUACAAAGGUUUAUGCCCUAAUAGAGUUGUGGAUAUCGAAGCUAGCAUUACAUCUAAAAUCCAAGAGCAUUUUCUUAAAGAUCCAACUCUUCUUCCGGCCAUACUUCGUAUGCAAUUUCAUGAUUGUUUUGUCCAUGGAUGUGACGCAUCAAUAUUACUUGAUGGACCUUCGACUGAGAAAUUUGCCGGCCCUAAUUUGAGUGUUAGAGGAUAUGAGUUUAUUGACUCUUUGAAGGAUGUAGCAGAAGAAGAAUGCCCGGGGGUUGUUUCUUGCGCUUAUAUCAUCGCUAUUGCUACUAAAGAGCUUAUCAAGAUGGGUGGAGGACCAGAAUAUUUAGUACAAACGGGGAGAAGAGAUGGACUUAUAUCUGAAGUCCAAGAUGUGAGCCUACCAAGCCCCUUCGGAUCUGUCAGACAAAGUAUAUUAGCCUUUUCCAGAAGAAAUGUUCAUAUGAUCUAUGUUGUUACAAUAAUAAUACUCUUUGAAUCAGGUGCACACACGGUUGGAAUUUCGCAAUGUAUUUUCUUCCAAGAUCGUUUGUACCAAGGGACAAGCGAAUUUGACCCUAAAAUGGAUCCAAACCUUCGUCGACAAUUGAUUCCUACUUGCCCUCAAGGCACCAAUUCAAACAAUUUCACCUUUCUUGAUCAAAAUUCACAAAGCUCUAACAAAUUUGACAACUCUUUCUUUGAUCAAAUUCUCAAGCAACGAGGAAUCCUCGAAAUUGACCAAGAAUUAGCUCGUGAUCCUCGAACUAGGGACUUUGUUCUAAGAUUUGCUCGAAAUGCUGCUUUGUUCAAUACAAAAUUUGCAAGUGUUAUGGUUAAAAUGCAAGCCCUUGACGUCCUCCUUGGUGAUCAAGGCCAAAUAAGGAAGGUUUGUAGUAAGGUAAAUUAA